AUGAACCUCGAAGAACGAAUAAUGGUUAAUAUAUUUGUGCCAAAGAAUGAGACCAUCAAGAGGCACUAUAAGGAAGUAUACGACACGACACUCUCUCCAUUAAAGCAAGAUAGCAAAGCGGGCAUUUGCUUGAUUUUGACUGACUCACACGGGAAAUAUAUCCUCAAAGGCUGCUCCUCGAUCGAGCCAACAAACUCAGCCCUAGAAGCAGAAGCAAUAGCCCUCAAGGAGGCAUUGCUCCAAGUGAAGUGCCUACAAUACCAGGAUGUUAUUUUGUGA